GUGCAUUUUCUUUGUUUUCUUUUAAGGGAUGCGCUGGCAGUUUUGGCUCCUCCUGAGAGGGCCCUUCCGGAGAACAGGUAACUUGAACCCCGGGGGGGGGCGAAGCUGGAGGCAAAUAGAGGCAUGAAAGAAGCAGCCACCACAGGAGGUGACGGCGGAGGCGCUUUUUUAAGGGCCCUGCCUCACGACGCAGCAGUUGGGCCUUGCCGCAGGAGGAGGACGUGAGGAAGUGUUUGAAGAGAAGAAAUGAACUGGAGGGUAAUGCUGACACUGGACAACUUGGGCCAGUUGCAUCGUGCUUGCAGGCAGCUGCACUCUCUGGCUUACUGGAAAGUACACUGGACACAGUGGAAGCCUGUCUUGUCAUCAGCCUACCCCAUGUGCCCAGUUCAGCUGUGCCCUCUGCUCUGGCAGCCAGACACCAACUCACAAUUCAGGCUUUUAACAACCAAGGAGAGAAACAAAUUGGGCAAGGUGAAACUGCGACCGAUACAACAAAAACCGGAGAAGCAAGAGGUUGAGAUAGUGCCCCGGAUGACUGUGGAAGACCUUGCCAAAGCGAUGCAUAAAGACGUAGAUCAUGUAUAUGAAGCCUUGCUAAACACAGACGUUGAUGUAGAUUUGUUAGAACCAGACUCUGUCUUGAAUGAAGAGUUGAUCAAGCAUAUUGUUAAAAAAUCCAACAUGAAAUACAAACAUUCCAACUUAAAAGAAGAAAAAAUAAAAGAAAAUAAAGAUGCUGUAAAGAGGCCUCCUGCAGAUCCAGCUUUAUUAACUUCAAGGCCUCCAGUUGUUACCAUCCUGGGCCACAUUGACCAUGGGAAAACCACGCUACUUGACAGUCUGCGGAAAACUCAGGUGGCAGCAAUGGAGGCAGGAGGCAUCACCCAGCAUAUUGGUGCCUUUCUUGUGCAUUUGCUUUCUGGGGAAAAGAUAACAUUUCUGGAUACUCCUGGCCAUGCUGCAUUUUCAGCCAUGAGGGCAAGAGGCACACAUGUCACUGAUAUUGUCAUAUUGGUGAUAGCUGCAGAAGAUGGGGUAAUGAAGCAGACUGUGGAAUCUAUUCAACAUGCCAGAAGUGCCAAAGUUCCAAUUAUUGUUGCCAUCAACAAAUGCGACAAGCCUGAAGCUGAUCCAGACAGAAUGAAGAAAGAGCUUCUGGCUUACAAUGUGGUUUGUGAAGAGUAUGGAGGAGAUGUUCAGACUGUCCAUAUCUCAGCAUUAAAGGGUGACAACUUGAUGGCUUUAGCAGAGGCAAUAGUCACUCUUGCUGAGGUUUUGGAACUGAAGGCAGACUGUACAGGCCUGGUGGAAGGUACCAUAAUAGAGUCUCGCACAGAUAAAGGAAAAGGUCCAGUGACCACUGCCAUCAUCCAAAGAGGCACUCUGAGAAAGGGCUGUAUUCUGGUUGCAGGAAAAAGCUGGGCCAAAGUCCGCCUGAUGUUCGAUGAGAACGGCAAGUCCAUGGAAGCUGCCCCUCCAAGCAUGCCUGUGGAGAUCGUUGGGUGGAAGGAGGUCCCUUCAGCAGGAGAGGAAAUCCUUGAAGUAGAGUCUGAGCAAAGGGCUCGUGAAGUUGUUGAGUGGCGAGCCUACGUUGAGCAACAAGAGAAAGCGAAGAAGGACCUAGAGAUCAUCGAAAUGAAGCAAAAGGAGCACAGGGACACCUACAAGAAGGAGCGAGAAGGCCUGAAAGAUAUGACCUGGAGGCAGAGAAGGGUGCUGUUGUUCAAAGCCAACAGGCACGCCAUGGCUGUGCGACCUAAAGAAAAAGUGGAGAGUGACAAAAACACGCUGCAUGUCAUCAUCAAAGGUGACGUUGAUGGUUCUGUGGAAGCCAUUUUGAAUAUCCUGGACACUUACGAUGCUGAUGAUGAGUGUGAAUUAGAUGUGAUCCAUUGGGGGAUUGGGGAUAUUAGUGAAAACGACAUAAAACUUGCAGAAGCAUUUAAAGGUGUUGUUUAUGGGUUCAAUGUGAAAGCAAAUAAAUCUAUUCAGCAGCUGGCUGCUAAGAAGGAAAUAAAGUUGAAAACAUACAACAUCAUCUAUCGGCUUGUAGAAGACUUACAGAGGGAGCUGAGCAGCACUUUGCCCUGCACUCUGGAGGAGCAUGUGUUGGGAGAAGCUGUUGUUUUAGCAACCUUUGAAGUCACAGUUGGAAAGAAUAAAGUUCCAGUAGCUGGCUGCAGAGUACAGAAGGGGCAGCUAGACAGAAAGAUGAAAUUUAAAUUAAUUCGUAAUGGAGACGUUAUUUGGAUUGGAUGUUUAUCAUCAUUGAAGCACCAUAAAGAUGAUGUCCCUGUAGUCAAGACAGGUAUGGAGUGUGGGGUUAGCUUAGAUAAGAACAUAAUGUUUAAAGCUGGAGAUGAGAUUGUUUGUUUCAGCGAAAAGGAAAUUGAACAGAAGAUUUCUUGGAACCCAGGAUUUUAAGUCUUAGACAACCAAAUAUGUGAUGGACUGAGACAUUUGGAUAAUAAUUAAACUUCACACAAUGUCACAUAAUACUUUUGAGAAGCAGCUGGUAUUGUAAAAUGACUAUUGGUCAAAAAAUGAACUUAACUGUUCACUACAGGAUGGUCUAAAAAUAAAACCUUGCUGAAUGGA